AUGUCUCGUUACGCCGCAGUCCAUGCCAACCCCAAGGGUCUUGGUGACGCUCGUCCUACAGCGAUGCAGAUCGUCGAUGAUGAAUCCAUGCGUGGCGGAUUAGCUGGGAAAGUGGUUGUCAUCACCGGAGUUUCUUCUGGGAUUGGCAUUGAGACUGUCCGGGCCUUCGCCGCCACUGGAGCCAAGCUCUUUCUCACAGUUCGAGACCUAGAAAAGGCCAAAACAGCCCUUGAUGGCAUAUUCGAUGAGCAAUCGAUGGAACUAGUCCAGAUGGAUCUUGAGUCCCUUGAUAGUGUGCGAGCUGCCGCUAAGACUAUCCUGGCAAAGACUGACCAGAUCACUAUUCUGGUCAACAAUGCCGGCGUGAUGGCCAUCCAGGAACGCGAACUCACGAUCGACGGCUAUGAGAAGCAAUUCGCUACCAACCACCUGGCUCAUUUCCUCUUCUUCCAUCUGCUCAAGCCGGCAUUGCUCGCUGGGUCGUCUCCCGAGUUCAAUUCGCGAGUUGUCGUGGUCUCGGCUGCUGUCCAUCGCGUGCAGCCACUGAACGCAUCGGAUAACUAUAAUUACGAAAAGGGCGGCUACUCCCCCUGGGGAGCAUAUGGCCACUCCAAGCUCGCGAAUAUCUAUAUGGCCAAUGAGCUGGAUCGGCGCUACGGAGCUCGUGGGCUGCAUGCUACAAGUUUGCAUCCUGGUAACAUUGCUUCUGGACUGAUACGCCAUAUGCCGCAAGAGGACAUCAAUGCCAUGAUGGCGAACAAGGAGAUCAUGUCUAUUUUGAAGAGUCCGGAACAGGGCGCUGCAACUACUCUAUACGCUGCAAUCUCGAAGGACUGGGAAGGCAAGGGCGGGGUGUAUCUGGUAGACUGCGGGGUUGCAGCCCGUGGGGAAGAUGAUGGGCAAUUUGCCGCUCUGACAACUUCCAGCGUCACAUACAACCUGGAAGAUGAAGCCAGGCUCUGGAAGGAUUCUCUGGCUAUGGUUGGUUUGCCUGAUGAGGAAUGA